CAGAAAGACUUUAUAAUGAGCAAUGGCAAUGAAGACAGAGAAGUAAUUUUGGCAAAUUUUCAGGCAAUCACAGGUAUCGACGACAUAGCAAUAGCACUCUCCACCCUUGAACAGUUCAACUGGGAUAUAAAUAAUGCAAUAGUUGCGACUGUAUCUGAAGAUCCUACACCUUCUCCUCAAGUGAGCUCAUGUGAGGUUAACACAACAUUCAAAGUGGAUUGGAAGGGAAGGGAAUACAGUUUCUCUCUAAAUGUUAAUGAUGCUACAGUUGGAACAUUAAAGGAGAACCUGUCCUCACGAGUUGGGGUCCCCAAAGAAAACUUUACGAUUAUUGGCUUUCCCACAAUGACGGUACAGACGGAUCACAAGACACUUCAACAGAUGGGAGUAUCUCAGGACUGCAGGCUGAUGAUGGUGGAGACACCAAACCAGGUCCCCAACACACGAGGGCAAGGCAGCAGCAGUAUUAUGAGCAGCUCCAGAUACCGAUUCAAAAUGAGCGUGGAGGGACUGGAAUAUGAUCUCGUCUUUCCUGCCAAUAAUCACGUCCGACAGGUGAAGUCGUAUGUGGAAAGUACGUAUAACAUACCAGCGAGCCAACAAAGGUGGGAAGGCUGGCCCCCCGGUACAUCCGACUCGCUCGAACUAAGAGACUUGGUGUUAGAAACACCGUUUCACAGACUGAAAGUCUUUCGCAGACAAGAGGCUGGCAGAGCAUCUGUAGGAUCAGACGACGAGUUCAUGGACGAGGACGUGUUGGAAUCACCAGAAUGUUCGAGCACAUCUGCACAGCGUCCGCUUAUGACGGUGGGCAAGAGCGCUGAGGAAAACGUCUUGCAAUUUCUACAAGUCUUCGAGGAACGGUACGGGAAUGUGCAUCCUGCAUUCCACAUCGGUACGCUGAAGAGCGCCCUGACAGCCGCGUUUAACGUACCAGCCGAUCUGAAACGACCCCUUAUAGUGUUCCUGCACUCGGACAAGGCUCUUACUGGACAUCUCUUUUGCAGUCAGGUGAUUUGCAGUGAGAGUAUGGCUGGUUACAUAGACCAGCACUUCGUCAUGUGGGCUUACGAUCUGACAGAGAGAAGACUGCAGCAGCAGAUCCUGACGGAGUGUCAGUCUAUAUUCGGCUACAGUGGUCGCCAGCAGGUGGAAAUGUACGUGCCGGACAAACUGCCCCUCAUGAUAGUGAUAACAAAGGUACAGAGUGCUCCCCAGGUAUUUGCUGUGUUCCAGGGUGACAUAUCACCUGACCUGCUCAUGGCUCAGCUGAUAGAUGCGGUGGAAAAUUAUAAUCAGACUAGGUCGAUUGAGAAGGCUGCUGAGCUAGAACAGGAGCAAAGAAGUCGGUUGAGGGAGCUGCAGGAGCAGGAAUAUUUGGAUUCCUUACAGCGUGAUCGUGAAAAAGAUGAAAUGAAGAAAAUUGAAGAAAAAGAGAAACAACUGCAAGUAGAGACGGAAGAAGCAACGUUGUCUUCCUUUGAAGACCUCGUUCCUCCUGAGCCCGAUUCUAAUACCCCCAGUUCCGAUAUAACGUUCAAACUGCCUUCCGGGGAGAGAAUAAACCGUAAAUUUGUGCACCGCACCCAACUGAAAGUGUUGUCUUAUUUCGUCGGCAGCAAGGGUUACCCUCCAGCCAACUUCAAACUCGUGCAGAACUUCCCCAAACGACAGUUUGACGAGGACGAAAUGUACUUGACGUUAGAUGACCUGGGAUUGACCCGUCGUGAGAUAUUGUACGUUGAAGAGAGGGACUGAGCCGAGUUUAAUAGCUGGUAUCUGCUUGUUAGCUUGCUAAUCAUCAAAUUAAUUAAAUAAUUAAUUGAGUGCCUUACCAGUUAUGAGAAUAGGGUGUUUUUAUGUUGUAAAACGUAAAGCUUUUCCUGAUGUAUAACGUGGUAUAUUUGUAAACAUUGUUUUUAAGGGGGGACUUGAAGGGUAAUGAUUUGUCAGCAAGUUGUUAUAAUCUACUGACGAGCAAAAUUGUUUGCCUUUUUGGCACUUGAGGAGAGUUGUGUAAUAUUAUCAACGAGGAAAGUUAUAUAAUAUAUAAAAACCAAGUUUGCUCGACGUUUUUAAUUUUCAAUACCAUGAUAAAUAAGUUAAAGAUCAUUCAUAUCUUUAACGGGGAAAGGGGUUUGGAAAAUAAAAUUUUUCAAAAAGUGAUAACGUAAUAUUAUGUGAACGACCCCUAGUCAUAAUAUAUAUCCGAUGGGCCAGGGGUCUACAAUCUACAUCUCUUUUCAACCCAUAACCUGUGGCCACGGGAUAGUUUUAUUAAAAUGGGUUAAGCCUAAAGCUGUCAGCAAUGAGCACAUAAUCAUGUCGUGAUGGUUUUUGUAAUGUUAGGAAUUUAUUUUCGGCAUUUUUAUAUCAGCUCUCUGUUGGUCAAGCUUUGGCUGUAAAUUUUGGUAUUUAAAUACGUUAUCUUAUAUUUAUCACAAAUUAAAAUUCAUUAAAUUCCGUCACG